CAGCAUUCUUAUCAUUACUGUCCACUUCGGAAUGCAGAAAUGAGACUACUGCUGACACAAGCACAAGUCUCGGUAGCUCUCUCUUCCACCAUUGUUGUUUUCUUCACUCUGCUACUCUUUCUCUCUGGAUACGUGCUUCAGCAACGGACUGUCAAGGGACUGCAGGAGGCAUUGAAACCUCGCAUUCCGCAGCGACCGGCAUCGUUGCAGGAUGAGCCCGAGUUCGUGGAACUGCACCGGUCGCGGCUGUUUGGGAGAGAUGGAGGUGCGAAGAUAAUCAAGACAGAUUACGACCGAGAUGUUCACACGUCGGAUGCUCAACGACUCGAUUGGAACAGGCUGGCACAUGUGCAACUCGUGCAGCGACACCAUGACCUUUGCGCUGCUAUCAUGGUGCUGGCAGGGUUACACGAGAUGAGAAGUCCGGCAAAGAGGAUUCUCAUGAUACCGAGUGCGUGGGUGCAACAGAAGAAGAAGGGGGAGAGCGAGGACCCAUACCUCGACAGCACGAGAAGACUAUUGAGACUAGCGCAUAGACGGUAUGGAGUCUUGCUACAGCCAAUGGAGCCCAUACGGAGCAAUGAAGAGGAGGGAGAUGUAUACUCGCUGGCGAGUGCAUAUCAGCUCUACGGCAGCAUCGACCGCAUACUCGCGAUAGAAACGCCAGGACUGGUGCUCGAUGCAGAACCUCUCGAUGCACUACUGGGCUUCACCGAACCUUCGCCCUUCGUCAUGCUGCACGAUACUGUCAAGAACGACAACAUACAUUCAGAAGACUUGUUCCUCAUACAACCUUCGAAACCGACGUACGCCCGAUUGAACGCAACGCUCGAGACACCGGAGUACACCAGCUACCACGACACAUACCUCUCAUCCCUGUUCUCAGAGCCAGUACUUCUGGACUCGAGUACGGAUACCGGAGCACUAAUCCGCUCCAUUGGCACACUGCACGAUGUGGCAGCAGAAUCAGAGUUCAAUCAAACGGCAUACCUGGACAAUGUCGCAUACAUUCGUUUUUCAGAUCCGAAAUUGCCUGGUCCACAGUACGAUGUGCCUUUUGCGAUGAAGCGGGAAGCACGUCCGAAGCACAAAGAUGCGGAUUGGGCGUAUACGAAGUUGUAUGGCGAAUAUGCACAAAAGCGUAUGGAUAUCUGCGGGCUGGACCUGGAGAGUUGGCGGCCGGAGUGAUAGUCUUUUGAUGAAGCGAAGGCGUUUGGGAUUGAUACCAGGUUGUAAAUGCAAGAAGGAUAGAAUGGUACAAAUCACGACAGCUUGUUCACGAGCUGUGAAGCAGCGUGCCAUAGACAUGAAUAAACCAUACCCAAGAGGAUCUGAAACCAGACUCUCAAAUGGUAGCAAAUGCCAAGAAUCACUUCUUGGACGUACGUCAACUUCAGCUUCGCCAUGUCUUGGAGACG